AUGGACAUGGGAAAUCUGUUAGAUGAGGAUCAAGAAGUGCAGAGUCCUUACAUAGAAAGUACGAUCAUUAAUGAAAUAAAGGCGACAGAAAUUGAAGAAGGUCAAAAAUACAAAGACAAGAACACACUAAAGACUAUACUAAGCAUUUACGCGAUCAACAAUCAUUUUCAGUUCAGAUCUUACAAGUCGUGCAAAAUUGAGUACAUAGCAAUAUGCAAUGAGCCUGGCUGUGAAUGGAAAUUGAGAGCGUCGAGAAAUAAAAAAUCAAGUGUAUUCAUUGUGCGAAAAUUUAACAAUGUACACACUUGCAAAGUUGGGGAAAGGAUGGCCGAUAAAAGGCAGGCAACAUAUGAUUUGGUUGGAAACUUCAUAAAGGAUAAGUACUCAAACUUCAAGACUGUUUACACGCCUGCCGAUAUUAUUAGAGAUAUGAAGAAGGAAUAUGGAGUCGAACUAAGCUACCAAACAGCAUGGAGAUCAAAAGAGAGGGGAUUAGAGCUCACGAGAGGACAUCCAGCUGAUUCAUACAAAUUGCUGCCUUCUUAUCUACACGCGCUGAAAACAACAAAUCCCGGGACUGUUGCUGAAUUGGAAACAAGAGAAGACAGAUUUCUUUACGUUUUCAUAUCCUUGAAUGCAUCAAUUAAAGGAUGGGGUUUUUGCAAGCCGAUAAUUGUAGUCGAUGGUACGUUCCUCAAAGCAGCUUAUGGAGGAACUCUUCUAACGGCAGCUACUCAAGAUGCAGCAAAUAAGAUUUUUCCUCUUGCAUUUUGUGUGGUAGAUUCUGAAAACGAUGCUUCGUGGGAGUGGUUUUUUAACAAACUUAGAGAAACAUUCGGCGUGAGGGAAGGAAUGUGCAUUAUCUCGGAUCGACAUGACAGUAUUAAAAAAGCAAUUGAAAACGUAUUCCCGGAAGCACAUCAUGGGAUUUGUACAUACCAUCUUUUCAACAAUGUCAAAGCAAGAUAUAGAAGAGCGAAAGGUGAAAUCAGAGAACAAUUUUUUGGGGCAGCCAAAGCUUACACGAUUGAGCAAUUUGAAAAACACAUGGCGGAACUUGACAAAUUUGACCCCAAAAUAAGGGAGUACCUCACUGAAGUGGGUUUUAAAAAAUGGACGACAGUCCAUUCCACCAGCAAUAGGUAUUCAACAAUGACUUCAAACAUUGCAGAAUCUUUAAAUGCAACAAACAUAGCUGCAAGAGAACUGCCCAUAACGACGAUGCUCGAAUUUCUACGUUCGCUUGUGCAAAAGUGGACUCAUGCAAAUAGAAACUGUGCAAGAUCAUUAAAAACAGAUAUGACAAAAGUGGCUGAGGAUAUAUUGAAUGAAAGCUAUAUUCGAUCUCUGAAUCUGACGGUAAGCCCUGCAAAUGACAAUAUAUAUACUGUCACUAAAACAAAAACUCCCUUCUCGGUCAAUUUGGACACACAGACAUGCUGCUGCCGAAGAUUUCAAACAGACAAAAUACCAUGUGCGCACGCAGUUGCUGUAAUAAGGAAAUACAACAAAGAUCCUUUGUUCUAUUGUUCAAAGUACUACAUGAAGGAGACAUAUGUCAACACGUACAUUCACACUGUGUAUCCAAUGACGAAUAAGUCAACAUGGAAUACACCUCAAGAAGUAAAAGAUAUAAUCGUGCUGCCUCCAGAAUCAAGAACAAAAUCGGGGAGACCGAAGAAGAAACGCAUAGUGGCAGGACAUGAAAAAAGGUCAAAGAAUACAUGCACGCCUGAUGACAUUAUGUUGAUAUGA